AUGGCGUCGGCGUUUGGAAAAGGUGAAGACCUUAACUAUGAUGAAAAUGAAGAAUGUUUUGAUGCCUAUUUGGAAAGGUUAGAACAGUUCUUUGUGGCAAAUGGACUCAAGUUAGAGGAUGACAAAGCUAAAGCAGUAUUUUUGACGGUGGUCGGCAAGAAGAACCACACGCUGCUAAUGGAUCUGUGUGCACCUGCUAAGCCGAGGGAGAAAAAACUAGAAGAGUUAAUCGACUUGAUGCGCACACACUUUGUCCCCAAAACCAACGUUAUUGCCGAACGAUACAAGUUUAACACUAGAAGCCAGCAAGAAAACGAGUCUAUAUGUGAGUACAUGGCAAGCUUAAGGAAGCUAGCAGCCACGUGCAAGUUCGGGACGUUUCUGGAAGAUGCUCUCAGAGACAGAUUUGUGUGCGGGGUUAAAACCGCUGAGCUACGUGACCGCUUGUUAAAUGUGGCGCACACGAAAGAAUUAACCCUGGCAGCAGCAUAUGAUAUGGGACUGGCAUAUGAGGUGACAAAACACAAUGCCCAACAGUGGUCCCAAAAGACUUUUAAAGCUAACGCCAUUGCAAGGUCUAAUGUGAAGAAAGAGGAGCGCGGUAAACCGUGUUACCGAUGCGCUGGCCAUGGACAUGGACCAGGCGAAUGCAGAUUCAAAGAUGUGGAGUGUCGAGUGUGUAAGAAGAAAGGGCACAUCGCUAAAGCCUGCAGGUCCCAAUACGAAGAAAGAAAGGACAAGCAGACCAAGUGGACAAAGCAUCUGGACGCCAGGGACCCGCCGAAAGACAGCCGUCGUGGGGAAGGCAGGAGCAAUAUCUGCACCGGGAGGACCAGACCACCGGAGAAACAGCCUGCUGUCCUCUACACUUCAGAGAUGGAAACUCAAGCUGCAUCUGCGGAGCCACAAGCCGCUCAAGAGAGAGUGGAGGUUAAAACCAAGCCAGGUUUUGUCUCGGAGUACCAGGCAGGUAACAUCAGUGACCUGGAGCUGUUCUCCAUGAAAACUGCGGGUGCCUGUGGAGAACCAGGGCUUGGUACCGCCAGACAGAGCUCUGGGUAA